CAUAAAUCGUCAAGCACCGGGUUAUAACGACCACGAGCCACAAAUCAAGCCCUCCAAAAUAACCCAAAUGAGCUCUUACUUUGUAAACUCGUUCUCAGGGCGCUAUCCAAAUGGCCCCGACUAUCAGUUGCUAAAUUAUGGGACCAGCAGUUCUAUGAACGGUUCGUACAGAGAUUCAAGCACCAUGCAUUCCAGCUCUUAUGGCUACAACUACAAUGGGAUGGACCUUAGCAUCAACCGCUCAACCUCCUCUAGCCACUUUGGGGCGGUGGGAGAAAGCUCCCGCAGCUUCUCUUCGCCCGCUCAGGAGAGCAGGUUUAGGCAAGCGUCUAGCUGCUCCUUGUCCUCUCCCGAGUCCCUUCCCUGCUCCAACAGCGACAACCAUGGAGGCAAACCCGCCCCGUCCCCCUCCGACCAGGCUACUUCUGCCAGCACCAACACAAAUUUCACAGAAAUAGACGAGACCAGCGCGUCUUCGGGAACCGAAGAAGGCACCCAAAUAAACAGCAGCAAUAUUUCCAGGGCACAGGCAGAGCCCGUCGCUACAUCCACAGCAGCAACAGAAGGGCAGACACCACAGAUAUUCCCUUGGAUGAGGAAGCUUCACAUUAGCCAUGACAUGACUGGACCAGACGGUAAAAGGGCAAGAACCGCCUACACUCGCUACCAGACCCUAGAAUUGGAAAAGGAAUUUCACUUCAAUAGAUAUCUCACCCGCAGGAGGAGAAUAGAAAUCGCCCAUGCUCUGUGCCUCUCCGAAAGGCAAAUUAAAAUCUGGUUCCAAAACAGAAGAAUGAAAUGGAAGAAAGAUAAUAAACUGAAAAGCAUGAGUGUAGCCUCCGCGGGCAGCGCCUUCCAGCCAUAAAUUAUAGAAAAAGGAAUAUCAAAGAAAGAAAGAAAGAAGAGAAGAAAGGGGGGGGAGGGAGAGAAGCAGCACCAUAUCUUAGUUUCAGAGUACUGUACAGUAAGGCACCUUUUUUUCGGCAUGUUGUUGAUAUUUUAAACAACUCCUAUGGUACUG